AUGGAUGAGUGGUUCACUGUUUUCCCUUUCUGCUUGAGGUUGCUGAGUGUUUUUUUGCUGUUUGGAAUGCCUGCGGUUGCCGGCUGCUCCACCGAAUGCAUCUGCACCCAGUUCCUGACGAACUGCACAGGGAGUCAGCUCCAGCAGGUCCCUGCUGGGAUCCCAUUCAGUACCCAGCAGCUUAUCCUGUCCGACAACAACAUCUCCAUCCUGCCCCCGCUCGCCCUCAACUACCUGGGCGGUCUGGUGUACCUGGACUUCAGGAACAACUCCCUCACCGAGAUCUCGCACAGCUCCUUGCUCAACCUGAAGAUCCUGGCGUACUUGGAUCUCAGCCGCAACCAGCUGCGGAGGAUCACCCACCUCAGCUUCAAGUCCCUAACCAGUAUGGUGGUGCUGAAGGCGAGCCGCAACAGGGAGCUGACCUUCAUUGACCACCGCGCGUUCUCCACAAACGAGAAACUGCAAGAGAUUGACAUAAGCGGCAAUGGACUGACUUUUAUUGAUGCCAGCAUGUUAGAGGCACUUCCACACUUGCGCUCCGUGCGGAUGUCUGGGAAUCCUUGGACCUGUAACUGCAACGCGCAGAAUUUAAGCAACUGGAUGAGAAAAAACAGAAGGAUCAUUCCAGAUGCUGCUAAUGUCACAUGCACAUUUCCAGAUUCUUUACAAGGAGUCCUUGUCAUGGAAGCUGCAGAUAAACUUUACUCACUUUGCCAGAGAAAAAGGCAACUCAGAUCAAGAGAAGUCCUAUAUUUUUGUCUUAUUGGCCCAGGAUUAUUUUCCGCAAGCAUUGUUCUCAAUUUUACUUGCAGUUUACUGAUGGCUCACUUCAAGAGAUUCAAAAGGAAAGAGCUCAAGCGUUAUUGGAAACUUCGCAGGGCCAUCUCGUUUAAAUAUUCAAGGCGGCCGAAUGUGAUAACUCAGGAACACAUUGCCAAAGCCAAUACAAAUAUAAAUGUUCAUUUAGGAACAAAACACAAUGGAUGA